GUUAAAUUUCACACACCAAAACACAUGCUAGUUUUAUCUCCACCUUCUAUUUAUUCCGCCAAAAGCCUUUACGGUUACUACAAGCCAUCCAACAAUGUCUUCUUCUUCUUCCGUAAGAAUCUCUCUCUCCUUCAUUUUCUUGGCUCUGCUAAUCUCACCGGCUGUGUCACAAACAUGUAAGUCACAGACUUUUUCCGGCGAUAAAACUUACCCUCACUGCCUUGACCUCCCUCAACUCAAAGCCUUCCUUCAUUAUUCCUAUGAUGCCUCUAACACAACUCUGGCCGUCGUCUUCUCUGCUCCGCCGGCAAAGCCUGGCGGAUGGAUCGCGUGGGCGAUUAAUCCAAAGGCUACCGGUAUGGUCGGAUCUCAAACCCUUGUCGCUUACAAGGAUCCAGGUAAUGGUGUUGCCGUGGUGAAGACGCUAAACAUUAGCUCCUAUAGCUCGCUGAUUCCGUCGAAGCUGGCGUUUGAUGUUUGGGAUAUGAAAGCCGAGGAGGCGGCGAGAGAUGGAGGAAGUUUGAGAAUCUUUGCUAGGGUUAAGGUUCCGGCUGAUUUGGUGGCAAAGGGAAAGGUUAAUCAGGUUUGGCAAGUUGGUCCUGAAUUAGGUCCUGGUGGAAUGAUUGGGAGGCACGCUUUCGACUCGGCGAAUCUCGCUUCUAUGAGCUCUCUUGAUUUAAAAGGUGACAACAGCGGUGGCACAAUCUCUGGAGGCGACGAGGUAAAUGCCAAGAUCAAGAACAGAAAUAUUCAUGGGAUAUUAAACGCAGUGAGUUGGGGAAUUUUGUUUCCGAUAGGAGCAAUAAUAGCCAGGUACAUGAGAGUAUUUGACUCGGCCGAUCCGGCCUGGUUUUACCUCCACGUUUCUUGUCAAUUCUCUGCUUAUGUCAUCGGUGUUGCCGGUUGGGCUACCGGACUUAAGCUCGGUAACGAGUCCGAGGGUAUUCGCUUCUCCGCCCACCGUAACAUCGGCAUUGCCCUCUUCACCCUUGCCACCAUUCAGAUGUUUGCGAUGUUGUUGCGGCCUAAGAAAGAUCACAAGUACAGAUUCUAUUGGAAUAUCUACCACCAUGGAGUCGGUUAUGCGAUCCUCACCCUUGGGAUCAUUAAUGUCUUCAAAGGUCUCAACAUCUUGAAACCACAAGACACGUACAAGACGGCUUACAUUGCAGUGAUUGCCGUUCUUGGAGGCAUUGCUUUGCUCUUAGAAGCCAUCACUUGGGUCGUUGUACUCAAGAGAAAAUCAAACAACUCAAUGAAGCCUCUUAGGACCUAAGCCAACAAAGAUCUGGUCAACUUAUUAAAGGUUCAUCUGCAGUUGUUGUUAUUAAUUUAUUAUGAGCUCUUGUAUUAUUAAUGUUUAUAGAACAAGGGUGUCACAUGUAUUAUUGUUCUCUUGUUUUGUAGCUUUUUGGUUUUGUUUGUUGAGUAUUUCUUGGGUUAUGAAUUCUUGUAGGGGAUGAAUGUUUUUGAAAUAGUUCUUAUUUUACUUUGAAUCAAUGAGUUUUUUCAGUUCCCAACUAAUUAUUUGGACUUAUUCCCAUGUGAUUACAAAAGACAAUCAAAUAUGUCCACA